AUGCUCGACACCGAGAGACAUGGUCGGGAUCAUGAUCCCUCAAAGGUCCCUGUGAUUGCCUCUCAAGAUGCAAAAGCUUUUGCGGACGAGAAGCUCAAACAGAUGACUUUGGAAGAGAAGAUUUUGCUUUUGACUGGAGAAGACCUCUGGCGCACGAAUCCCAUCCCUAGGCUGGGCAUCUCCAGAAUCAAGACUUCCGAUGGACCGACUGGCGUGCGCGGGGGAAUCUUCGUCGAUGGAGUGACUGCAGCUUUAUUACCAUCCGGCGUGUCACUUGCCGCUACCUGGGACAAGCAAGUAAUCGAGGACGCGUCGCAAGUUUUGAUAGCAGAAGCCAAGAGCAAGGGAGUUGAUGUUCUGCUAGGACCGACUGUUUGCAUCCCAAGGACCCCUCUGGGCGGACGCAACUUUGAAGCUUACAGUGAGGACCCUUUCUUGACGGGCAAGCUUGCCGCUCAGUACAUCAACGCGAUCCAAGCUGCCGGUAUUGGGGCCUGCGCUAAGCACUACGCUGCUAACGACCAGGAGAAUCGCCGCUUCUUCAUCGACGAGAAGAUUCCCGAGCGCGCCCUGCGCGAGAUUCACCUCCAGCCUUUCCAUAUCGCGGUCCGCGACAGUAAUCCGUGGUCGAUCAUGACGGCGUAUAAUAAGAUCAACGGAGACUUUUGCUCUGCGAACCACUAUCUCAUCAGAGAUAUCCUCCGUGGCGAGUGGGGUUGGGACGGACUCGUUAUGAGUGACUGGUUUGGGACCAAUAGCGUUGUUCCCUCUCUUACAGCUGGUCUGGAUUUUGAAAUGCCGGGGCCUGUGAGGAGGCGGGGCAAGCACCUUCUUGAAGCUCACCGGCAAGGCCUGGUCGACAGCUCCUUCAUCGAUGCUUCCGCAACUAGGGUUCUCGAGCUUGUCCACAAGACUGGGAAGAGCAAAAUUCCCGACUGGAAAGAAGGACCUGAGCAGGCCGUCGAUCUCCCCGAGCAUCGGGCAAUCUUGCGCCGCGCCGGCGCCGAAGGCAUUAUCCUGUUGAAGAACGAGGGUGAUAUUCUUCCGUUGAAGGAUCUUGACGGAAAGACCAUAGCGUUCAUCGGCCCCAACGCAAACAGGUCCGUUGCGACUGGAGGGGGGAGCUCGAAUCUCUCACCUCACUACCGUACUACACCGUUCGGCUCUUUUAGCAAGGAGGUCUGUAGCAUUUAUCCGACUGCGCAAGUCGUGACAAAGCCAGGUAUACUCAAGCACCGUUAUCUCCCUCUUAUCGAGCCGUCGGUGAUGAGGAACCCGAAGACCGGCUCGCCUGGAUUCGUAUUGUCGCUUUGGAGAAACAUGAAGCACGAGGGCACGCCUUUCAUGACUGAGCACCGACCGAUGGAGCUGAAGGCCGGACAAUCGUACGAGCUUGUCCUGGAGUCCAUCAGUCGCGAGCCUAAGCCGUACGACAUGACUUACACGGGCAUGCUUGAACGUGAGGAGGUCCAAGACGGUGGUCGAGUUGGAUUCCUGGAGAACCCUGGCGAUCUCGAUGCCAUGCUACAAGAUGCCGUUGACCUCGCCAGCCGCAGCGACAUAGUAGUCGUAGUUGUUGGGAAAGAUCACGAAUGGGAGACGGAAACAAGCGACAUGGUAUCCAUGGAUCUACCAGGGCAAUCCAACGAGUUGGUGCGGGCUGUGGUGAGAGCGAAUCCCAGGACCAUCGUCAUCAAUCAGACAGGUAGCCCAAUCACAAUGCCCUGGGCCAAUGAGACGCCAGCCAUUGUUCAGGCAUGGUACCAAGGACAGGAGCAGGGCAACUGUAUUGCCGACAUUCUUCUCGGGACCACCGAUCCUUGUGGGAAGUUACCGAUUACAUUCCCCCGCCGCAUUGAGGACACACCCUCGUUUGACAACUACCCCGGAGAAAAUGAUGUUGUUCACUAUGGUGAGAACAUCUAUCUCGGUUACCGAUUCUACAACCACCGCAAGAUUGAGCCGUUGUUCCCCUGCGGAUAUGGUCUCUCGCACACGACAUUUACAUACUCUAACAUUAGGCUGAGCAGCGAUUCUCUCGCUGUGGACGACAAGAUUGAGGCCCAGGUUGACGUGACCAACACCGGGAAUGUUGAAGGCAAGGAAGUGGUACAGUUUUACGUCAGCUCAGUUUCCAAGCCGAGACUCGGCCGACCUCUGAGGGAGCUCAAGGGGUGGGAUAAGGUUUUUGUGCGUCCUGGAGAGACAGCCACUGCCCGGGCUACACUGGAUCGGUUGAGUAUCUCCUACUGGGACGAUAGCGUCCAGAAAUGGGUAUUGAAGGAAAUGCCGUGUUUGUGGUUUCUGCGGCGAAGGACUCAGGGGAUGAAGGGCUGGCUGCGGGGUUUCGAUCGAAGGCCGCAGCCCAGUGGGUUCAUUAAGCUGGAAGAAAAUAUGAUAUUGAAGUAG